CCUAUUCUUGACAACACUCAGAAGUUACCAAAAACUUUCCACAAAACUGAGUGGUCCGCAAAAAAAAUACAUGCAUAUGUACAUUGUACAUUUACGGCUGACGAAAUAAAUGAAUAAAAGUACGCAAUAAACAUAAAAUCCAUAUCUACUGAUUAAAAUCCUCCCUAUUUAAAGACCUCACGGGUGCUUCAAAGUUUCAGUGUGCCAAGUGAAGCAAGGUUAUAACGACAAUGUGGACGAGUCUCAUAUUAUCAAUGCUCCUGCUGCAUUGCCUGGUUGCAUUGCCAGCUCCUGAACUGAAAGGCCUGGAUUCUUGGAGUGCGGAUACAGCCUGUCAGGAAGUGGAUAAAUCGGUCAUGAUUGAAAACCAAAACGAUUCCACAUGCGUCACCUAUGUGUAUUGUUAUAUAGUUAAUGACUCAACGAGAGCACUAGUUAAAAGCUGCAAAAGCGGACAAUAUUUUGAUUCUAAACUUAAAGUAUGCAGUACCACUAAACCGGACGGAUGUGAAUAAUGUGGUAGCAGAUAAAAAUUAGGUUAUAUGCAAAUAGGGAGACCUGCACGAGAAAUGAAUAAUACUCAUCGUGUUACAGAUUUAAUAUAUUAUUUACUUAUUAUAGUACCAUUAAAAUAGA